AUGACCGAGGAAAAUAGUAAGUCAUUCAAGAACCAUCCAUGCAGUCCAACGGGAACUGCCAGCUCGAUGUCGCAGGACGAUUCGGAUUCGGACGUCCCGUCCUCUCCAACCGGCUCCGAUGGACAGGCGCCGGGGCACUCACCCGGCGACGGGAUUACCCCAAAACUGGACACCGGCGAGGAAGAUAACCGGUUUCCCGCUUGCAUUCGAGACGCGGUGUCUCAGGUGCUGAACGGAUAUGACUGGUCGCUCGUACCGAUGCCUACACGAGGAGACCGGACUCUGAAAAACAAACCCCAUGUGAAGCGGCCAAUGAACGCGUUCAUGGUGUGGGCGCAGGCUGCGCGCAGGAAACUAGCGGACCAGUACCCGCAUCUCCACAACGCCGAGCUCAGCAAGACCUUGGGGAAGCUUUGGCGGUCAGUAGAGAUAACGGAAUGUACAUAUGUAAUGGGGGAUAUAAUACAUAUUUGCGUGCGUAAUGUGCCUGCAUAGAACAUGGCACAAAAAUCUGCAGUGAAGUUACAAAAUACGUAUUAUUACUUUAUCUAGUAUUGUUUCCUAAAACGUACUGCACAACAUUGCCUUUUCAUCAUGAUUAACCUUAAUUCUACAUGGCGUUUUGUUUAGAAUAAUGAUAAUGAUAUUUACUAUGACAUCCAGCAUUGUGCAUCUUAUAGUAGUCCACAUGUUCAAUUCAACCCAAAAUGUCAUACAUUUCCAGCCUGCUCUCUGAAAGCGAGAAGAGGCCAUUUGUGGAGGAGGCAGAGAGACUGAGGGUCCAACACAAGAAAGACUACCCUGACUACAAGUACCAACCACGGAGAAGGAAGAGCACCAAGCCAGGUCAGAGUGACUCCGACUCCGGGGCUGAGCUGGCCCACCUCCACCCGGGCCAGAUGUACAAGGCUGAACCUGGUCUGGCCAGACUGGCCUCCAUGGGGGAUGGGCAUCAUCAUCCAGAGCAGACAAGUCAGUGUUUUUCCCCUUUUGAUUCCCGAUCAAUCGAUAUUCAAUAAUAAUAUGUACUCUGAGUUAGUCCAAAGUUUGGAAGUGACCUGGGCAUGGUAUUUUUCUGGUCCUCACUGUAGAGGACCUUGUCCCUCCUUUUAGUUGCUGAGGUGUGCAGGUUUCCCCUUUUUGUUUCCAUAUGGUAACUAAUGUUUAUGCAUCUGUUGUGUCUUUUCUAAAGGCCACCCACAAGGACCCCCCACACCCCCCACCACCCCCAAGACAGAGCUGCACCUGGGGGUGAAACACGAGGGCCGGCGCCCCCUGGACGGUGGUCGGCAGAACAUCGACUUCAGCAACGUGGAUAUCUCCGAGUUGAGCACUGAUGUCAUCAGCAACAUGGAGGCCUUCGACGUCCACGAGUUUGACCAGUACCUGCCACUCAACGGGCAUGGCUCUGCCGAUGCACCUCCCAACCAUGGGCACGGGGGGCAAGGACCCAACCCCCCCUCUGGGUCUCUAAGCUCCUCCUACGGCCACUCCCACAGCAAUGCCUCACCGUGGGGUCCCAAAGGGCCGGGAGCGGGGACGGCACCCCCUUCUACCUCCUCGUCCUCAAGUAACAGCGAUGGUAUUCACCACAGAACGCAGAUCAAAACAGAGCAGCUGAGUCCCAGGCACUACAGCAGCCAGAACUCCCACAGCUCCCUGCCACCCCACCCCGACUACACCUCCCUCAGCUCCGGGAGUUGCCCCUCCUCAGCCUCCUCUUCCUCCUCCUUGCCCAGCCCCCAGUGUGACUAUGCAGACCUCCAGAGCCCCAGCUACUACAGUGCCUACUCCAGCUACCCCGCAGGUCUCUAUCAGUACCCCUACUUCCACACCUCUCGCCGCCCCUAUGGCAGCCCGCUAAUCAACAGCGUAGCCCUCCCUCCGCUGCACAGCCACAGCCCCACCACUAACUGGGAGCAGCCGGUCUAUUCCACACUCACCAGGCCUUAG